GCUGUGCUGCAGUGAGCCGCUGGAUGGCGCUGUGCGGACAGAGCUGUGCUCUCCUCCUGUUUCUCACGCCUUCUUCACCCUGCUCACCUCUCUACAGCCUGCUCCUGCUGAUCCUCCAAACCCCGUGAAAGAGACACCAGAGACCAGAGUAACAAGAUGAUAUGAGAAGAGAUGAUAGCAGAACCAACAUUAUUGUCCAGAUCAGUCCAAAAGGAGAACUCCACUGUUGAUGUCUCUUCCUGUACAUCUGCGAAUCACACCUCUGGUGUGAGAAAUGAGAACAGACAGAAGAAUGUGAGAGGGAAGAGGAAAGCCAGAGAAGGCUCAGAGAAUGCUAAGCGCAAGCAUUCCAAGUCCAGCAAUGGCAGUUUGGGCAGAGCAGAGAAUGAGCAGCUCAAAAACAGAGACAUUGAGGCUCUUACACUGUUUGAGGUGGUCACCAUGGGCAGGAGUGCCAUGCAGGCAGUGGUGGACGACUGGAUCGAGGCCUAUAUUAUUGACAGAGAACCAGCCCUGCUGGACCUCAUCAGCUUCUUCAUCCAGUGUUCAGGGUGCAAAGGGGUCGUAACUGCUGAGAUGUUUCAGAGUAAGGAGGAUACUGAUGUCAUGAGCAAGAUGGUGGAGGACCUGGAUGAGAGCUCAGGUUUACAGUACAAGAAGUUCCUGGCGUUCCCAUGGAUAUUGACGGUCACGUGGCCCAUGGACAUUGAGAGUGGUGAGUAUCCUCUGGUAAUGUCCGGCCUGUACUGGAAGAAGUUCCGCUCGCACUUCUGCGAGUUUGUCUCGGUGCUUGUCGCUCAGUGUCAGUACAGCAUUAUCUUCGACAACUACCUCCUGAACACGCUCAUCUCUUUACUGACUGAACUCUCAGCUUCAUGUGUGCGCGCCUUUAGGCACACCUGUACGCUGGCAGCUGUGAAGUUGCUCAGUGCUCUGGUGAACGUGGCGCUCAGCCUCAGCAUCAACGUGGAUAACAGCCAGAGACUGUAUGAGGUGGAGCUGGCUAAGACCUCCAGCAAACGAGCCUUACCACGCCUGGAGAAGAUUCAGAGGAAGAUCAGUGAGUUGCAGGACAGGAAGCUUGAAACAGAAGACAUGGUGGAUGCUAUCUUUAAAGGAGUCUUUCUGAAAAGAUACAGAGAUGUGAUUCCUGAAAUCAGGGCGAUCUGUAUGGAGGAGCUGACCGUGUGGAUGAAGCUCUACAGUCCUGUGUUCCUCAACGACACCUACUUGAAAUAUGUUGGAUGGAUGAUGCAUGACAAGCAACCGGAUGUGCGCUUGAAGUGCGUGCUGGGUCUCCAGGGGCUCUAUCAGGAUGUUCAUCUCAGCUCCAAAAUGGACCUUUUCACCAGUCGAUUUAAGGAGAGAAUGAUCUCCAUGACUCUGGAUAAGGACCAUGAGGUAGCAGUGCAGGCCAUGAGGCUGCUGAUGGUCAUCUCCCAAUCAUGUGAUGAUGUGCUGAGCCAGGACGACUAUAAACACUUGUUCCAGUUUGUGUACUCUUCUCACCGGCCGCUUGCAGCCACUGCAGGGGAAUUCCUCUACUCCAAGCUGCUAAGUAACCCUGCAGUGCUUCAGUUAAAGGAAGGAGCAUCAGAGGAGGACAAACACAGAGCACUGACCCUCGCCAGAGUCCGAGCACUUAUAAACUUCUACACUGAAAACCAGCUUCACCAGCAUGUGCUGUAUGUUGUGGACAGUCUGUGGGACAGUGCUGGUGAUUUCCUGAAGGACUGGGCCUCACUGACCUCUCUGUUGACUUCCCAGUCUUUUUCACCAGAGCAAGCUUUGAACAGUGCUGAUGAGACCCUGCUGAUUGAGAUUCUUUUGGCAUCAGUCAGACAGGCUGCUGAAGGACCUCCACUAGCAGGAAGAAGCACAGGCAAGAAGGUGAUCAGCACUAAAGAGAAGAGACUGCAGACUGAUGACUGUACGAAGCUUACAGAACAUUUCCUAAAGGUGCUACCUGAGCUGUUAUCCAAGUAUUUAGAAGAUGCUGGAAAACUGACCUCCUUCCUCAAAAUACCUCAGUACUUCCAAAUGGACUCCUGCGGGGAUGAAAACACGGACUCUCUACAGGCAUUGCUGGCUGGGCUGGAUGCUGCGGUGAGCAGACACUCAGAGGCAGGUCUGCUGGAAGCGGCUGCCCGCUCGUACCACGCCCUCUGUGCUGAAGACUCACGCUGGCAACAUCUGACAGCGUCCGCCAUGGACCAACUCAUUCAGCGCUGGACACAUACACUGGAAACAUGCUUAGAAGAAGCGCUGAGUGAUGGAGUGUUUGUAGCAGAUGAAGAAAGAAAAGUAGGAAUUCUAACUGCUCUGAAGAAACUAACUGCUUUCAACAAUGCUCAGGACCUGUCGAAGUGGGGGAUAUAUGAGGUGGUCUCCAGGCUGCUUGUGUUUGAAGUACAGCAUGGUGGCUUGCCAGUAGAGAUGAGCACCGAGGCUCUGCGCUGUGUCUGCUGCUGCAUCCUGUGGAACCUCAACAUGUUCGGAGAGACGUCGACCUCUAGGGAAACGGCACUUCACCAGAGGACACAGCUUCGAGGUUUUUGUGAAAAAUGUCACCGUUGUCUGUCGCACACAGAGCAGCAGGUUCGAGAGCAGGCGUUUAUGUGUUUGAGUGACAUCCUUGUAGCCCAUAACUACCAGCUGCAGAUGUGGGACCCCUCAGCAGGAGCCCCUCUGCUGUACACCCCGGAGCCCCGGCUCCAAAAAGCCCUGCUGAGCUUCGUCCUGGAGCACGUCUUCACCAGCCCUGAGCUGGACAGCCACAGCAGCAGAGGUAGUGAGAAUGGGAGUGUUGGGGUGAGUCGGCUGGAGGAUCUGCACAGGCGGAGGAAUCUGCUGGCUGCAUACUGUAAGCUGAUCGUGCACAGUGUGCUGGAGAUGAGCAUGGCUGCGGAGAUCUUUAAACAGUACAUGAAGUACUACAAUGACUUUGGUGACAUCAUUAAAGAGACUCUGAACCGGACCAGGCAGAUGGAUAAGAUUGAGAGUGCCCGCACCCUGGUUCUUUGCCUGCAGCAGCUGUAUCUGAGGCUGAAGCAGGAGCAGGACAGUGGAAACCCGUGCAGCUCUGGAGUUCAAACCUACAGCAGCAUUAAAGAACUGGCCAGACGCUUCUCGCUCACCUUCGGCUGGGACCAGAUCAAAUUCCGAGAGUCUCUGGCCAUGAUCCACAGAGAUGGUAUUGAGUUUGUGUUCCAGGGUUUUGUUCAGGAGUCUGAGAAGCACUCACCUCCCAACAUCUCCUACCUCACCAUCCUCAGCGAGUUCUCCAGCAAGCUGCUCAAACCUGACAAGAAGACCGUAUACAGUUACCUGCAAAGAUAUGCCGGCGAGCAGACCAUCAAUAACAGGGAGGAGUGCUGGAUGCCUCUCAUUUAUUACAGAGCGUCUCUCCAGGGCACGGCCGAGGGAGAAGACGCCGUGUCCUUCAUCAGCUCCGACACUAACAAACAGCCUUCUCUCACCAAUCGUUCCAAAUCCCCCUCCAUCAGACAGGCCACGUCUGAAGGAGAUACACGGUUUCCACCACCAUGUAUAGAAACAAAAGGCAGCAAGCAGCUGAAGAGUUUGGAGGAGGUAAAAGCUUUAGAGCAGGGUCCAGCUCUCAGAGAGCAUCCAAACAGUGGGGGACCGUCCUUCAUCCAGCCAGGGACCACCGUUGACGAGGUGGACGUGGACACAGUAGAAGUAGAUAUAUGAGGUCCAGGUUUAGUCCUCAUGUGGAGAAGUCUUGUUUUUUUUGUAAAUUAUACAGUUCGUUCCUUUUCAGUUUAUAGACUAUAAGACUUGGGACUGUUGGGACAGUCAUUAACAUUUACAUUAUUCAUGAUCACUGUAAAAAAAACACACGGUGCUGAAUAGACAUUUCUAUUUCAUUUUUUAUUUUAUUUUCCAUCAUGCAAAUACCAGCUCUAAGCUACAGUCUUAGAAGGUGCGACGAGUUUUGCUUGAAUAUUAGAUCGGGUAUGUUAAAAGUCUGUCAGGGAAGAAAAAAACGAAAAUAUUGGUUCUAAUUAUUUAAUUGGCACUUUGAUUAAAUGUAGAUGAGUUUACAUUUUACAUUUAGACCUGCUGUCUUGGAUUGAAUAGACAGAUUGAAAAGCUUUAACUACUUUAGUGAGACGUUUUGUAAUAAGCUGAAUCGAUCCAUUGUUGGAUAGAUGUAUUACAAAAUUAAAUAUUACGAUAUUGAGUAUUAAUUACAGGACUGGGCAGGACAAGAGACAUGUUUUCUUGAUUAUCAAAGUGAAAGAAAAUAAACAGAUCCUCUGCAGGAAAAAAAAAUAUAUGCAGAUUUCAUUUUCCAGCAGCACUUGGCACAAUGCCAAAAGUACCAAUUGGUCUUAUAUAAUAAUCUAAUUUUCUGAGAAACUGAUUUUUGGGUUUUCGUUGGCUUUAAGUCCUAAUCAUCAACAAUAAAAUAAAUAAACACUUAAAAUAGAUCAUUUUCUUUUUUUUUACAUUUUGAACAGAAUUGCUGAAAUAAAGUUACUUUUCAAUUAUAUAAAAAAUAUUAUAUAAAAAAUAUUAUAUAAAAAAUAUUCUAAUUGAAUAGAGCUUAGUGCUCCACAGCCCACAGCUGGGGGUUAACACUCGUCUGGUUAAUGCAGAUGAUGAUAUAUUAGGCUUGGUUCUACAUUUUAUUCAGAAGUAUUCAGACAAUUCCUUCAAAUUACUGAACCUGUAAAUUCAGAUUCCCAGACAUGGAUUAAACUCAGUUCUAAAUUACACAGAUAAUUCUUAUUCAGAAUGCUUUAUAGACCAAGACCAAGCUUAAUCCCUGUCUGGGAACCCCGUUCUUUAUAUAUAGAAACACAGAGAAUUCAGCAUAUUGCCCAGUUGUAGCUUUUGUCCUGCCCAGCACUUAAAAAAGAAAAAACACUGUUCAGGCAGAUUCUGUGUGAAAUGCUUUAAACACAAACAUCAGAACACUAAGAAUCCUUAUAUUAAAUAUAAUUUUGCUUAAAGUUGCUUUAAUAUUGCAUAUUUAGCCUUAUUUAGCACUCUGCUGUUUGUUAUAUACACUUCAGGUCUGAAUAGAUGAAUAAAUGCACCGUUUAUACUUUUAUUUAAGUAGAAUUAUAGAUUUGCAGUAUAAAAUUCCUUUUUUUUAAUACCAGGAUCCAGUUUUUGGUCAUCUUUAAUUUGAGGGACACAAAAGGUUGUUUUUUUGACCAACUGUGUGUUAUUGUUCAUUUGAAUUAUUAUUUGUUUUUGCUCUUUUAUUGUAUUAUAUCUGUAUAAUAACUUUAAUUUUGUAUUUUUUUGCAAAAGUUUGGGUACCCCACAGUCAAAUUUCAUUUCCUUCAUUGUCUUCCACAGAGAAACACUUCUGCCAAUAAUUAAAUCCAAAUUAAUAAAAAUAAAUACAUUUUGUUGAAUGUUAAAUAUUAAAUGCACAUAAAUUGUGCUCUUUUUUUUUGCACUUUUGCAUUUUACUUCUCCACUUGGAAAUUUGUUCCUUUACUAAAUCAAGAAAAUGUCAUUUGAAAAGAGUUGCCCAAACAUUUGCACAAUACUGUGUGCUGUAUAUUAUACUGUAUUUUAUGUAAAUUAUAGACAUACUUUUUGAUGAACAUUCUUUCAUUAAUCAGGGAUUAGAAACGAUUGGUUAAUGAAACCCAAUCAUUCAGAAAUGCAGUUGCGGAAAGUUGCGGUUGAAGAAAAUUGACUUUUCCUAAAAACUAUGUUUUGAGUAAAAUAAACAUUGUUUUAUUUUAUAAACUACAUACAUUUCUCCCAGAUUCUAAAUAAAAAUAUUGUCAUUUAGAGCAUUUAUUUAUAGAAAAUGAGAAAUGGCUGAAAUAAUAAAAAAGAUGCAGAGCUUUCAGACCUCAAAGUUCAUAUUCGUAAAGUUUUAAUAGUUCAGAAAUCAAUAUUUGGUGGAAUAACCCUGGUUUUUAAUCACAGUUUUCAUGCAUCUUGGCAUCAUAUUCUCCUCCACCAGUCUUUCACACUGCUUUUGGAUAACUUUAUGCUGCUUCACUCCUGGUGCAAAAAUUCAAGCAGUUCAGUUUGUUUUGAUGGCUUGUGAUCAUCCAUCUUCCUCUUGAUUAUAUUCCAGAGGUUUUCAAUUUGGUAAAAUCAAAGAAAAACAUCAAGUGGUCUCUUAUUUUUUUUCCCAAAGCUGUAUAUACCGGUAGUUAAAAUACAUACUGUGCCCUAGAAUAAAAUACUGUACUUGUGAAAUUGUUUAAACUACAGUAUAGUACACUCUAACCAGAGUAUACUGCAUUUCUACUAAGAGAACCUUUUAAUCAGUCUGUGCAAACUGGUGGCCCUGCCUUCAUUAACAAAACGUACCAAUACAGUCAUAACCAUUCAACCAUUCCAAUUAAAUAAUAAAAUCCAGUUUUAGGAUUGUGGCUCGAGAGACGCCUGCUCUAAGAUCGGUCAUGUUAUUGAAUACGUAUUGAAGUUUGGAUGAAUGAAUGUGUGAACUGUACAUCAUCAUACUUGACUGUUAUUGCCAACCAGCAUCUGUGUAUUGGGUCUGUGGCAGCUGUUCCAACAGAUAUCCAUGUUUCUAUGUACCGGUUUGUAAAAUACUGUUUCUUUUUUUUCCAUUAAACUAUGACUUUAAUAAUAAAUGCAACCAUUAUGCAAAUGUA